AUGGCCGGUGAACAAAUCUACGCGACGCUUCUUCUGGGCGACUCCUAUCUUCCAGGCGCCCUCGUCCUGGCCCACUCGUUGCGCGAUGCCGGCGCCACAAACAAGCUUGCCGUCCUCGUCACUCUCGACUCCGUAUCUGCCGAUGCAAUCACGCAGCUCAAGACCGUCUACGACUACGUCUGUCCCGUGCCGCGCAUACGCAACGACCAACCCGCCAAUCUCUAUCUGAUGAACCGCCCGGAUCUGCAUUCGGCCUUUACAAAGAUUAAUCUGUGGAAGCAGACCCAAUUCUCGAAAAUCGUCUACAUCGACGCCGACGUCGUCGCCUACCGAGCCCCCGAUGAGCUCUUCAACCUGCCACAUGCCUUCGCAGCCGCCCCCGACACGGGCUGGCCCGAUCUCUUCAACUCGGGCGUCAUGGUACUGACGCCCAACAUGGGCGACUUCUACGCCAUGCUGGCCAUGGCCGAGAGGGGCAUUUCCAUGGAUGGUGCCGACCAGGGUCUCUUGAACAUGCACUUUGGGCCGAGCUUCCAUCGCUUGUCCUUCACCUACAACGUCACUCCAUCUGCUCACUAUCAAUACGUUCCCGCCUAUCGCCACUUCCAAUCCAGCAUCAGCAUGGUUCACUUCAUCGGCGCCAACAAGCCCUGGCUCGCCGGCCGCGAAGCCUACCAUGGCAGCUCCCCUUACGACGAGAUGGUGGGCCGGUGGUGGGCAGUUCACGACCGUCACUACAGAGCACGGGCACGCUGCCCCCCGAGCACAGUGUGCCUGCCAGCGGCCGGGAACGAGGAUGCCAACCUCACUUUCGAGGAGCCGUCUUCGGAUCACGCACAGUUUCCUUCAUCCCAGCCCGUUCAGAGUUUUGGCAAGCAAGACUCCAAGCCCCAGCUUACCUCGGCUCACGGGAGCUCCGGCGAGAGCCACGGCCAAGGCGUUCAAGUCCCCGCAGCUUCAUCCGAGGCCCAUCAGCCAUGGACUUCCCCUGGAGCCUCCAUUCAUGCCUCUUCCCCAGGCACAUCUUUAGUCUCACAAAGCAGUGGCCCCGCCAAUGUUUCGUCGAGGCCAACUGGUGCGGCUCAACCCGCGCAGCAGCCUUUUGAGCGACAGCAUCAGCAGGCGUCGCCCCCCCAAGGCAGAGCCGAGCCACCUGAGCUACCCAUGACCACUUGGGAUGCCCAAAGGCAACCCCCUCCACCGGAUUCAAAGCCCGAGGCAAUUAAUUUCCCUUCCACCCACUACGAGAUGUCGCGAGAUAUCAAACCAUUCGUCCCCCCCGUCCGGUAUCCCAGCCCCCCAAAGAAUAUGUGGUAUGAAGUUCCUGGCCCGCCGCCCCCGCCGCCCGCCGACACGCCCCCGCCGAUAUUUCCGUGGGAGAAGAAGCAGCCCAAACCGCCAAGGGUCUCCACGCGCAAGGAGCCAGAGGUGCCGCCAGCCGGGCAGGCGUCAAGAGCUAUGCCGUCUGAGCCAGUCCUGGAGGGAUCCAAAAGCGAACCCCAGACGCCCAUCAUCAAGAUCGCCCCCUUAAACCCUUGGAGCUCGUUUCCGCGGCUCAACGCCUGGGAUGACGUGCCAGAAAUCGGCCGCUACGUCGAGGGUCUCCAAAAGCACCGUCGCGUGAAAAGUCAGGGGGCGGCUGGUGGGAGUCCGAGGCCCUCGGAGUCCGGCUUCGCUGCCGGUGACAGCGCGAAGCCGCGAAUCAUGAUGAGGCUGACCGACUUCCCUAGCGAGGCGGAACGGCCAAGUCUGCCCGUCACCCCGGCGCCGGUCCGGCGUCCCUCCUACUUUGGCGAGGACGCCGCGGAGCCGGGCCGGGAUGGCUCUGGAAACCAGCCACUCCCGGCGGCCGAGGGCGUGCCCGCGCAGACCGAAUGGGACCCGGCGGAGCAGCUCCAGAAGCUGGCAAAGCAGCAGUCCGAGGCCAUACUGCGCAAGCUGGGCGGCGAGGCCGAGGGUCCUCAAGGCACGUCGCUUCCGCCGAGCGUCUUGAGCCCGCAGCCCGUCAAGAGGGAGGUGUCGGCUGCGGGCAUGGAGACGAUGGCCGCCGCGGAUGCCCCUGGCGGCGCGCAGAGGCAAAGAAGCGCCUCGUAG